UAAUAAGAUUACAAUUACAUAGUCUCAGAAGCGCUUCCGACUCCACUGUUUCCCUUCCCAGCUCACCGUGUACUUUUCGCCGCUACUGCUUGUCGCAUCCAACGAUGAGCACAAUGACUGACUCUCAGCGGCAGAGUCUUCACCAUCCAUUUCUUUCUCAUCUUAUUGCUCUCCUGUCAGCUUAUGAACUAUGUCCUUCGUCGACUCCAUCUCCACGAUAUGAUGGGCCUGUAGAUUGGCAAACAGACACUAUCAUUCGCUCUCUAGGGGCAGUUGCACGCAGAAUGUAUACUGCGGAGGAGACCGUGGCCUCAAUCAAAGCUUCGGAGUGUUGGCAGACAAAUGGGCCAGAGACAAAGAAAAGACGCAGUGUAGGCGACACUCCCAUGUCCUCAUCUUUAUCUUCUCAGAAAGAGACCAAUCCAUCUUCUUCUCUCAUGCAGUCCAGUACCAAUGUCAAUGCUUUCGCUCCGUCUUCCAGCUCACCAGGACCAACUUCUUGUUUUCAGACCAACUCAAACCUCGCACCUACUGUAGAAUCAAUCGAUGUUGACAUGCAGGACGCCGAUAGCCCGAAUGGUGUAGCCAGCAACGAUCGCACGCCAGUCAACAAACCACACUCUGCUCGUGCAGGUUCAAUGUCCUUAUCACUCGAUGAACUUCCAGCUCAUAUUGAUGCUGCAACACUCCUUCGGUCAUUUUCAAACGGAAGCUCGGCCUCGGCACCCCCGACAUCGCAUAUCGAACACAUGGCUUGCCCAACGUGCGGAAAGGUUAUUACCGACACUCUGACUAUGAGCCGAAUUAAUAGUAGCUUUGACGGCUCGCCCAACGGAUCUCCACUCGUCGUUCCUCCUGGUCCUCUUGCUGCUGCAGCGUUCGAAAGCGGCAUGAGCGCCGUCGAAGAACUAAGGUUACUCAAGGCUCAGGUUCAAGAUGUCGCUCAGGGUGACUUGUCCCAGAAAAUUACGGUUCCCGUGCAGGGUGUGGUCAUGGUUCAAUUGAAGGACGUCAUAAACACUAUGGUCGACAAAUUGGGACAGUUCGCCAAAGAGGUCACUCGUGUCAGUCAAGAAGUCGGUACAGAAGGUAAACUCGGUGGACAGGCUCUCGUAUUGGAUGUCGAAGGUACUUGGCGGGAAUUAACUGGUGUCGUCAAUAAAUUAGCCGCCAACUUGACCAGUCAAGUCCGAAGUAUCGCCAAGGUCACUAAAGCUGUCGCGCAGGGAGAUUUGUCGAAACAGAUUGACGUCGAUGCCCGUGGCGAAAUCCUUGAUUUGAAGAAUACCGUAAACGGAAUGGUUAUUCAGCUUCUUACCCGCGUCACGUUAGAAGUCGGCUCUCAAGGCAAGUUAGGUGAUGUUCAAGGUGUUUGGUUCGAGUUGGUUCGCAAUGUCAAUCGGAUGUGUUCAAGCUUGACAGACCAAGUGCGCUCUAUUGCCAACGUCACAACGGCCGUUGCUAGGGGCGACUUGACACAGAAGAUUGAGAUCCAGGUCGAAGGCGAGAUGUCAACAUUGAAGGGCACGGUCAAUUCCAUGGUGGACCAGCUGAGCGCCUUCGCAUCCGAAGUCACUCGUGUCGCGCUCGAAGUCGGAACGCAAGGUAUAUUGGGUGGUCAGGCUCGCGUAGAAGGUGUGCAGGGUACCUGGGCUGACUUGACACGUAAUGUGAAUGUGAUACGAUCGAUCUCGGAGGUCACAAAAGCUGUUGCCUUGGGCGAUCUAAGCAAAGUCGUCAACGUCGAUGUCCAGGGAGAAAUGCUAGAUUUGAAGAUGACCGUCAAUUCUAUGGUUGCCCAAUUGUCUACGCUCGCCAACGAAGUCACUCGUGUGUCUCUGGAAGUCGGUACGGAAGGUAUCUUGGGUGGGCAAGCGUAUGUCCCCGAUGUGCAGGGCAUGUGGAAGAAAGUGACGAAGGCUGUCGCUGGCGGUGACUUGACGAAGAAGAUUGAAGUCGACGUGCGUGGCGAGAUCAAGGAGUUGAAGGAGACUGUCAAUGGGAUGACCGAGAGCUUGAGUCUCUUCGCCGAUGAAGUCACUCGUGUCGCAAGAGAGGUCGGCACGGAAGGACGAUUAGGAGGUCAGGCUCGUGUAACCAAUGUCGGUGGUACAUGGAAGGACUUGACGGACAACGUGAACGUCAUGGCUGCUAACUUGACCUUGCAAGUCCGAACUAUCGCUGUCGCAACUACUGCUGUCGCCCGCGGAGACUUAACUCAACAAAUCACUGGUGUCUCUGUGUCCGGAGAGAUGCUAAGCCUAGUCAACACUAUCAACGACAUGAUUGCUCAAUUGGCAAUCUUCGCCAAGGAAGUCAAGAAGGUCGCAUUCGAAGUCGGUACAGAGGGUAAAUUGGGUGUCCAGGCUGAGGUGGGCAACGUCCAGGUGCGUGGAUUUGCCCAGAUCUCGGCAGCUGCUAUGGAUGGAGACUUCACUCGUUUCAUCACUGUUGAGGCCAGCGGAGAGAUGGACUCUUUGAAAACACAGAUCAAUCAGAUGGUAUUCAAUUUACGUGACAGUAUCCAGAAAAACACCGCUGCGCGGGAGGCAGCUGAGCUGGCGAACAGGAGUAAAUCUGAAUUCCUAGCGAACAUGUCACACGAAAUCAGGACACCCAUGAACGGAAUUAUUGGCAUGACAGAGCUUACUCUUGACUCUGAUUUGAACCGAUCGCAACGAGAGAGUUUACUCUUAGUGCACUCGUUGGCUCGCUCGCUGCUACUCAUCAUCGAUGAUAUUUUGGAUAUCUCGAAGAUCGAGGCUGGCCGAAUGACCAUGGAAGCCGUCUCGUACUCCCUCCGUCAAACAGUUUUCGGUAUACUCAAGACCCUUGUCGUCCGCGCCUCUCAAAACAACCUCGAUCUCACAUAUGAUGUCGACCCGGACAUUCCUGAUCAACUUAUUGGCGACUCUCUACGACUUCGUCAAGUCAUCACGAACUUGGUUGGUAACGCCAUCAAGUUCACACCGUCCAAGGUCUCUCGUAAAGGCCACGUUGCACUUAGCACAAGGUUACUGGCACUGGAUGACUCGAGUGUGACACUAGAGUUCUGUGUCACCGAUACGGGGAUCGGUAUUGCCAAAGACAAACUGAAUCUCAUUUUCGACACCUUCUGUCAGGCAGAUGGUUCGACGACGAGAGAAUAUGGGGGAACCGGUCUGGGCCUUUCUAUCUCCAAGCGUCUCGUCAACCUCAUGCAAGGCAACAUGUGGGUCGAGAGCGAGGUCUCGAAGGGAAGCAAGUUCUUCUUCACGAUUACAUCGCAGAUAUCCCAAAGUACGCUGGAGAUCACACUGCAAAAGAUGCAGCCAUUCCACAGACGUGCUAUUUUGUUCGUUGACACCCUCAACGACACGACUGGGGUUGUCCAAAGAAUCCAGGAGCUUGGACUGAGACCAUACGUCAUCCAUGAUGUCAGCGAGGUGGCUGACAAGGAGCGCUGUCCGCAUAUCGACACCAUCGUCGUGGACUCGUUGAGCAUGACCGAGAGUAUUAGGGAAUAUGAGCACUUGCGCUACAUUCCCAUCGUAUUAUUGGCGCCUUCGAUGCCACGUCUGAAUCUUAAAUGGUGCCUGGACAACAGCAUCAGCUCGCAGGUUACGACUCCAGUCACAGCUCAAGACCUUGCUUCCGCCCUCAUCUCCGCUCUGGAGUCGAAUACUGUCUCACCUGUCUCGGCACCAAAUGAUGUUGUCUUUGACAUCCUGCUUGCCGAGGAUAACAUGGUUAACCAGAAACUAGCAGUCAAGAUUCUGGAGAAGUAUGGCCACACAGUCGAGAUCGCGGAGAAUGGAAGUCUAGCUGUCGAAGCUUUCAAGGCACGGGUACAAGUGAACAAGCCAUUCGACAUUAUCUUGAUGGAUGUAUCGAUGCCUUUCAUGGGAGGAAUGGAGGCGACCGAGCUCAUCCGAGCGUAUGAGAUGCAUAAAGGACUCCUACGGAUUCCUAUCAUCGCCCUCACUGCUCACGCUAUCUCACGUACUUAUUUUGCAGAGCCCCUUCGUCGUGGAGAUCUCUUGAAUUCGAUCAACAAGCUCGCAGGCGAACGCGCACAGUUAGCCACGCAGCAUCACCUCCUCCACAGGCCACCUGCUCUGAUGGCACCAUGACUGAUAUUUUUUGCAUGAUUUCAUUGGUUCAGGUUUUGUAUACCCUUGUAUGAUGUCGAUUCCAGAUUGUCGAUGCUUCUACUGACGUUUACGGCUUUCCAACGCUACCCCUAUCAGAUUAAUCUGUACGAUAGCAUGUUUGUGGUUUCUGUUCUCAGAUUCAUUGUGUAAUCUUAUAUUCGAACACCAUGUAUGUUGAUAUGUCAUGAUGGACUUUUGUUCAUUAUAUAUGCAAUUGUUUCCCUCCCAAUUGGUCUGUUUAGUAGUGGAGUCUAGGUUCACGAUGGUCUUUGGUUCUUACUGGUGUCUUGUGGAUGAUUGAUUGAUACUAAAUAACGAAACGUUGCCACUCAGAUCUA